AUGAGUUACAUUAUACGCCCCUGGGCCACAGGAGACCUUAAGGCCAUCAUGCGACUUAUUAGGGUAAGAGAUUUGGGGGUGGGAGGGCGAGGAGAGCACCCAGAAAGCAGGAGAUUUGGGUACAGGGAGUGCCUUAGACCCAGAGCUGGAUUUCUCCCCACCCCAUUUAUGGUUGGGGUGUACGGGGCAUUCGGGAAAGAGAAAUUACCGUAUUUUUCGCUCUAUAAGACGCAUCAGACCACAAGACGCACCUAGUUUUUGGAGGAGGAAAACAAGAAACAAAAUAUUCUGAAUCUCAGAAGCCAGAAAGCAGCAAUCCCUCUUGCUGGUCUGGCUUCUGGGAUAGCUGCGCAGCCUGCAUUUGCUCCAUAAGACGCCCACACAUUUCCCCUUACUUUUUAGGAGGGAAAAGUGAGUCUUAUAGAGAAAAAAAUACAGUACCUCUGUUGAGGGACACGUCAUGCUCCUUCUGGGGUGGUUUGUCCACCUCUGGACCCCAUCCUGCGCUCUGCUCUCACCUGCGGCUCCGAGAAGCUGUCGGCGUGUGACAGCAGCCACAUACCGGGAACGGCUUCAACCCCCGGCUGAACCAGGCGAGGGGAGCCAGUGGGUCUGAAAGCCUCGGGGAGUUAGGGACAUCCUCUGCCUGUGACGACAGACUCUAGAAGAUGGAGCAGACGAGACCAGGAGUGGGUCUAAUGGUCAAGAGGGAAUGAGGGGCAAAUGGGGCUCGUCCACCUGGGAAGGGAGCCCAUCUUGGGGAAGGAAAACUGAUCCUCGACCUCCUCUGCCUUGCCGGACAUCUUCAGGAUGUGCUGGGCCCAGGGGUAACCCGUGAAAUGCAAUCCAGUCCCAGUCCCAAAUCCAAGGGUUCUGCGAGGAGUCAGUCUGACAGGGCUGAGGCAGGAAACCAGGCAAGGACAGGCACAGGAUCUCAGGCAGGAUCUAGCAUACAGCAAUGUUGCUUCCACAACCUGGAGCAGGGUCCAGCAGCCUUUUAUCUCUGUCGGGGUAACGGCCGGUCCUGAUCCCUCAGCGACUCACCUCCGUUUCGCCCGAAGGUGAGCACUCCUCCUGCGAGUACUCAGGUCUCUCCUUCUCUCCGACCUCAGUCUCUGCAGCUCGGGAGACGUCGGUGGGUUACUAGACCCAGAGGCCGCCUUAGCCCCUCCUGACCCAACCGGUAGUGGAGCAGCUGUAAGUGAUGGCCCAGCUGGAGGCAACGAGGUCGUCCCCGCAUCUGGAGCCAGGGCAGGAUCAGGCCCCUGACUCGGCCCAGCUGGUGCUUGUUGCAGGGGAACCUGGGCAGACUGGGGCUCUUCAGAAUCAGGACCCAGAUUAGGUUCAGCUGCCGCCUGGGGCAAAGGAUCCGGUGCGGACUGAGACUCCUCUGGCUCCGAGGCCGAGCCUCAGGCCAGCACACAGGAGAGGAAAAGGCUCUGGAGUAAACCCUACACAAAUCUGGAGCGGAGUCCCUAAGAGGGUUGGAUAAGGCCUUGUACGCCUCCUUCCAGCAACCCCUGGAGCCACCCAGCUCGUCGGACUAGGUCCGCGGGUCCCUGCGGAAGAAAAUGAGCUCAGCCGGAGACAGGAGCAAACUGCAGAAGAUCCAAGUUUAUUGCGCAACAGGUUCAAGGCGAGAUUGAACAGCGAGAAAGGGGUGACAUGAACUUUUGAAACUUCCCUCCAUGUCCCAGGAUACAUUGCAAAAUACAUCCUAGUUACAUCAUGAAUACAUUAAGAAGAGGUUGGGUUACACAGGAUUAACAUACGGAGGAGGGAGGGGGGAAUAUGCAGAGCUGGAGAUAUGCGCAGAUAAGCACUUCCUGAGUACCGGUGAUGAGAAGUUAGUGGUCCAUGUAUGCAUAUUCUGUCACCUGGCAUUCCCCUGAGGAAAGGCUUGGUAGAGUGAUUUGACAGGAUUAGGGUCUUGACACCUUGGUUGAGGGAUUAUAGAGGACAGGGGAGGUGUCAUGGAGUCCUAGAGAAAUUGAGCAAAUUGGCACGUUGAUUUUCUAUGAAUUUUAUAGAUUCUAGUCCCUUUUGACAUUGACAAUUGGAAAUAAAUGGAUAUAUUGUAGCGAAGAAGAAGGUGAAGAAGACAUGCCCCCCCCUUCCGUAUCAAUAAACAAACCAUUCGUUUAUUAACUUUGCAUUCCACCCGCUCAAGGUGGUGAACAUUUGUUAUUUAUUCAUGUAUCACAUUUACUGACCGCUUUGAUCUUCCCAGGAUCUCAAGGCAUUGUAGAUAGCUCUCUCCCCGCCCCCAUUUCAUGCUCACAACAACCUUGUGAGGUAGGCUAGGCCAGGCACAGGCAAACUCAGCCCUCCAGAUGUUUUGGGACUACAACUCCCAUCAUCCCUGACCACUGGUCCUGUUAGCUAGGGCUGAUGGGAGUUGUAGUCCCAAAACCUCUGGCGGGCCGGAGUUUGCCUAUGCCUGGGCUAGGCUAAGGAGACAGCGACUGGCUGAGUGGAGGAUUUGAACCCUGCUCUCCCGGGUCCUAGGCCGAUGCAGUGACCACUAUGCCACACUCGGAUGGGCAGGCAUGGCUCCUUGGGUCUGAAAUCCUGGAGAGAUGCUGUUGCCAUUCAGUGUAGGCAAUGCUGGGCUGGAUGCACCAAUGGUCAGAGUCGGUAGAAGUCAGUUUCCUAUGUCCCUACGAUGCGGCUGGCCUUGUAAUCCAAGGGCCUUGCAUGACUCAUACACAACAUUUUGCUUCUUCCAGGACUCUGCAGCUUUCCACAAAGCUUUGGACCAGCUGACAACCACCCCAGAACGUAAGGAAAAUUCUGCAGCAAUGGCAGCGUUUCGUGGGGUUGUUUUUGUUUGUUUUGAUUUUGAGUUUCAAAGCUUUACUGCAGGACAGUCUUAAAAGAGUUGAAAAUAAAGCUUACAAAGAUACCAAGUAAUACAUCGCUCCGCUGAGUUCUCGGGUUCCAUUUUCUGCCAAAAGAGACCACUCGGGUUUUCAGCAGUGAGUCAUUAUUUAGCCCAGGGUUUUCCAAAAUUGGUUCUCCAGCCGCUUUUGGACUACAACUCCCUUCAUCCCUAGCUAACAGGAGGACCAGUGGUCAGGAAUGAUGGGAACUGAUGAUGGCAGCAUUUCAUAUUUAAAUGGAUUGCAGCUGGCACACUGCCCUGUAACCUUGAGGGAUGGCAUCUCUCCCCACACCCUCCUUGACAGCAGCCCUAGGUGCUUCCAGACUGUCACCUGUUUUGGGGUGGGGAUUCCCCCGAAAGAUCAGAGGGGUGGUUUUUUUUGCAAUAAGGAAAGUGAUGGGAAAAUGCAAUGGGAAAGUACAGUGGUAUCUCGGGUUACAGACACUUCAGGUGACAUACGCUUCAGAUUACAGACUCCACUAACCCAGAAAUAUUACCUCGGGUUAAGAACUUUGCUUCAGGAUAAGAACAGAAAUCAUGCUCUGGCGGCGCGGCAGCAGCAGCAGGAGGCCCCAUUAGCUAAAGUGGUGCUUCAGGUUAAGAACAGUUUCAGGUUAAGAACGGACCUCCAGAACGAAUUAAGUACUUAGCCCGAGGUACCACUGUAUGAGAUAAGAUUCGCUUUGAUGAACCGCCGUCUAACCUACCUGUCAACAAAUCAAGAUAAAUGCUCUAUAAAUGGGAUGCCUGUAGGAUAAGAGUAUUCUCAGCCUUCCUCCCGGUUUCUGAAUUCUGCCUUUUGCAAGACCUUCGGAUUCUACACUAGUAGAAAGCAAAAUGGCUCUCACAAACUGGGAUUUGGUUCACCCCGAUCUCCAUAACAAACAUCAAUCUAUCGAUUUAUUGAUCUAUCUAUUGUCUGUCUGUCUGUCUACAGUGGUACCUCAGUUUAUGAACUUAAUCCGUUCUGAAAGUCCGUUCUUAAACCGAAACCAUUCUUAAACCAAGGCACGCUUUCCCUAAUGAUGCCUUCCACCGCUGGUGCCCUUCCACCGUUCAGAUUCUGUUCUUAGACUGAGGUAAAAGUUAAAGCUAUGAUUUUCCCAGUAGUGAUGUACGGAAGUGAGAGCUGGACCAUAAAGAAGGCUGAUGGCCGAAGAAUGGAUGCUUUUGAAUUCUGGUGCUGGAGGAGACUCUUGAGAGUCCCAUGGACUGCAAGAAGAUCAAACCUCUCCAUUCUUAGGGAAAUCAGACCUGAGUGCUCACUGGAAGGACAGAUCGUGAAGCUGAGUCUCCAAGACUUUGGCCACCUCAGGAGAAGAGAAGACUCCCUGGAAAAGACCCUGAUGUUGGGAAAGAUGGAGGGCACAAGGAGAAGGGGAUGACAGAGGACGAGAUGGUGGGACAGUGUUCUCGAAGCUACUAAAAUAAGUUUGACCAAACUGGGGGAGGCAGUGGAAGACAGGAGGGCCUGGCGUGCUCUGGUCCAGGGGGUCACGAAGAGGCGGACACGACUAAACGACUCAACAACAACAAAUUAUGCAUUUUGUUACUAUAGUUAUUGCUAUAAACUCAAAUUUCCAAUACAUCUAUUCUUAAUUCUCUUCACAAUAAUUUAUAAAUUACUCCUUACAAAACUUCUUUUAACCCAACAAGCGAUGUCAAUUGAUUACAAUUGCUUUCCAGAUAUGUCGAAAACUUCUUCCAUCCCUUUAGGAAAGUUUGUUACUGCUUGUUUUGAGUUUUCCCUGUUAGUCCCGCCAUCUUGGCAUAGUUCAUCAAUUUCUCUUGCCAUUCUUCUUUAGUUGGUAUUUCUUCUUGUUUCCAUCUUUGGGCUAAUAGUGUCCUUGCUGCAGUUAUCGCAUAUAAAAACAGGUUUUUUUAUCAUUCUUAUGAAUUUCUGUACCCACAAUACCCAAUAGAAGGCCUUCUGGGGUUUUUUAAACAAAUGUAUAUUUCAACAUUUUUUCCUUCUCAUUAUAAAUCAUUUCCCAGAAGUCCUUCACUUUCUUACAUUCCUACCACAUAUGAUAAAAGGUACCUUCUUUUUCUUUACAUUUCCAACAUUUAUUAUCUAUUUUAUACAUUUUGGCUAAUUUUGCUGGUGUUCUAUACGUAUAUACCACCAUCAUUUUAUUUUAUUUUAUUUUUAUUCAUUUUUAAACAUAUCAGUUCCAACAGUCAUACAACAUAUCUUCUCAUCUUAUACAAUAUUUUAGACUUCCAUCAACACCUCUGGUGAUUUUCCGUUCUUUAUCACUUAUUCUGCAUUUCUUAAUUCCUGUAUUACAUUUAAUUGUCCUUAACUAAUAAUUCUUUUCAUAGUCAUUCUUGCAGUAUUUCAAAUAGUCCACCUUACAAAACUUCUUGCAGUCCUACUAGCGUAGUCUGUUCAUCACAAUUACUUUUCAAAAAGUUCAUAUAUUUACUCCAGUCUUCUAAGAAUCUCUGAUCCCGCAGGUUUCGAAUCCUUCCUGUUAAUUUAUCUAAUUCUGCAUAGUCCAUCAACUUCAUCCUCCAUUUCUUAAUAAAUGUAUAUUUCAACAUCUUUUUCAUCUCAUUAUAUAUCAUUUCCCAGAAGCUUUUCACUUUUUUACAUUCCCACCACAUGUGAUAAAAGUUCCUUCCUUUUCUUUACUAUCUAUCCUUCUAUAUACCACCAUCAUUUUCAUAAUGUUUUCUUUCAAUGCACUACAUGCAGUAAAUUUUAUUCCCUCGUUCCAUAAUUUUUUGUAUAUUAUGACCAAUAUCUAUAGUCCAAUGAAUCAUAACAGUGGUUUAAAUAAAUCUGUCCCUUUCUUCCUAGUUCUCAGAAAAGAUGGGUUUGAGAAAGAUUCCACCUUUGGGUGCCUCGUAGCUGAGCUGCCCCCGGAACAGAAGAGCAAAGACGGUAAGCAAAAGAGGCGGACUGAGCCUUGCAAGGGAAAAUGCUAAACUUCUUUUUGGCAUGGGCGGGAAAGUGGAGCAGCGUUGCCUAGUGGGCGGGGAAAGCCAAGGAAACUGGCUAUAUAUAUAGCUCAGCAGGUAAGGGACAGAAAUACAAAACCGGGAUGAUUAUCAAGAUGAGGAACGAUUGUCGGGGUUGUCGAUUUAUUACGCGAUACGCUGCGGGGUGAAGGGAGGUGGAGACGGCCGCUAAGCCGGAUGUCUUUAAAAGAGAAUUAGGCAAAUUCGUGGAGGAAGAGAGGGCCAUUGUUGAUGAUUUGACGUUUUCAUCCCCAAAAAGUUUUUGAUUUGAGUUUCUACUGAAAUGAGGCUGCAUUUUAAUGUUGUAUUUUGAUCUUGUUUUUAAGUCAACCUGGCCUUGGGCUGGUUAACAUCCCAUAAUAUCCUUUUAAAUAGGUUUGUGGGAGGUUUAGAUUAUUGGUUUGGUUUGUUCUUGUUUUUCUUAUGUAUGUAUUUUGUGUUUUUAUCUUGUAUUUUGAUGCCCUGAGAUCUACAGAUGAAGGGUGAUAUACAAAUUUAAUUAAUAAAUAAAAAUAAAAACAAAAACUACUGUAUUUUUCCGUAUACAGUCAUACCUCGGGUUACAGACCCUUCAGGUUGCGUUUUAUCAGGUUGCGGACCACCGAAAUCCGGAAGUACCGGAACGGGUUACUUCUGGGUUUCGGCGCUCGCACAUGCGCAGAAAUGCCAAAUCGCAACCCGCACUUGCACAGAUGCGCCACUGCAGGUUGUGGGCGCUGCUGGUUGCGAACGUGCAUCGGAUCACGUUCGCAACCCGAGCGUCCACUGUAUAAGACUAGGUUUUCCCCCUAAAAAAUAAUGUCCAAAAUUUGGGGACGUCUUAUACACAGGGUCAUCCCAUUUUCUUAAAUCAGGGUCCCCCAAAAAACAGGGGGUGUCUUAUAGACGGAAAAAUAUGGUAAUCAUAAAACUGGAGGUGAACUGAUGCUGAAUUUGGGCUUCUGCUGGUGUUGGGAAUUAUCGCCCAGCCCAUUCCCUCUUAAUAUGCUUUUUAAUUUUGCUCCUCCUCCCUGCUCUCCAGGUCGCACAAUAGUCGGGUACCAGUUCCAUUACCUCUCCUACUGCACGUGGUACGGCAGAAUCCUCUUCGGCGAAGAUCUCUACGUUGUGCCGGAAUUCCGAGGUACUCGGGAAGUUGGGUGCCUCUGAACAUGUGCAGAGUGCACUCCUCUCUCUUCUCACUGAGCGCACAGACCAUAAUCAGUAAACUAGGAUGAGGAAUAGUGAAGGAUCGGAGGGCAGAUAAGUGGGAAAAACUUCAUAGCCUUUUUUGGGUCCAUUUUAUGGGUUUGCUGGAUGGGUCUGACUCAUAGCUGUCAACCGUCCCUUAUUUGGCGGGAAAGUCCCUUAUCCCAGCGCUGUGUCCCGCUGCUGUCCCUUAUUGAUGAUGUUAAUUUCCCGGGUUUCAAAGGAAGCAGCUCCUCUCCCUCCCUCCCUGCCGGCCAGGGAGGAGGGAGGCUCCAACUGUGUGGCUUGGCUGCGUUGCUCACCCAAUAAGGAGUCUGAGAACGACUGGGGGGUGGAGCUUGCAUGCCUUGUGCCAAUCAAAUCGGCCGCGUUGCCUGGGGACUCGCCUUUGCUCAGCGCUUCCCAGCGGAGAGGUGACGGUGGUUUUCCUUGCUGCAUCCCCUUUGCCGGGUUGCUGCGCUGUGGGAACCACCGCGUGAGGCUUCGUUUGGCUGCUGGCUGGGCUUUCUGCCUUUGGCUCGGAGGGGCUCAGAAGUUGAACAUAGCUGUGCUUGGAAAAUCCCUUAUUUUGGCUGCUGAUCCCUUAUUUUUGAGGCUGCUGGUCCCUUAUUUUCAAAUCUGUAAGUUGACAGCUAUGGUCUGACUGUUGGGGAAGUGGUUGUUGCAGUUGCAAUAAAGUGUCUGGAUAGUUGCCUGCUGAUAAGAGUCAGUUCUGUUGUAAACAAAAUCUGCCCUUCUUCCCUUAUGGGGUCUGCAAGAGCCCGUAUAGAGUCCUUAAGUGGGUUCCCUAUCGGUAGGAGAAAAUAACAGAGGCCAAACAGAGAAUAUUGAGAAGCAAAGCGGCUAGUAAGCCUGAUCUUUAUUAAAGCUGUUGCAACAGGGUCCUCAUACAUAAAUUCCCACAACAGUUCUUUCACCCAGUUUCGCCUCUGGCCCUGCCCAUCUCUGGUAAGUGGCCCCCAGAAGGUUGUGCGCAUGGGAAUCUGGCCCUCAGACUAAAAAAAGGGUUCACACUGCAACAGCUUUUUUUAAAAAAGUCCUGAAGCGAAUGCAACCUGUGUCCGCACGUCUGCACGUGUGCAGGUUGCGUUCUGGCACUUCCACGCAUGCGCGUGAUGUCAUUUUGAGCGUCUGCGCAUGCGUGCACAGCGAAACCUGGAAGUAACGCGCUCCGUUACUUCCGGGUCACCGCAGAGCGGAACCCGAAAAUAUUCAUCUCAAAGUGUAUUUACCCUGAGGUAUGACUGUAGUCCUAACACCCUGCUAAUGUAUUAACCUGGGUACAGUGCUUCUGUGUGUGUACAGAGUAUAUAUAUAUAUAUAGACGCUGUGGGUUAAACCACAGAGCCUAGGACUUGCCAAUCAGAAGGUUGGCGGUUCGAAUCCCCGCGACGGGGUGAGCUCCUGUUGCUCGGUCCCUGCUCCUGCCAACCUAGCAGCUCAAAAGCACGUCAAAGUGCAAAUAGAUCAAUAGGUACCACUCCAGCGGGAAGGUAAACGGCGUUUCCGUGCGCUGCUCUGGUUCGCCAGAAGCGGCUUAGUCAUGCUGGCCACGUGACCCAGAAGCUGUACACCGGCUCCCUCGACCAGUAAAGCAAGAUGAGCGCCACAACCCCAGAGUCGCUCACGACUGGACCUAAUGGUCAGGGGUCCCUUUACCUUUACCUCUCUCUCUCUCUAUAUAUAUAUAUAAAAUUUGGCAAUAUUAACUGAACCAAGCUGUGCUGGGCCCAGGGGUAACCCGUAAAAUGCAAUCCAGUCCCAGUCCCAAAUCCAAGGGUUCUGCAUGGAGUCAGUCUGACAGGGCUGAGGCAGGAAACCAGGCAAGGACAGGUACAGGAUCUCAGGCAGGAUCUGGCAUACAGCAAUGUUGCUUCCACAACCUGGAGCAGGGUCCAGCAGCCUUUUAUCUUUGCCGGGGUAACGGCCGGUCCUGAUCCCCCGGUGACUCGCCUCCCUGUCUCGCCCAAAGGCGAGCACUCCUCCUGCGAGUACUCAGGACUCUCCUUCUCUCAGACCUCAGUCUCUGCAGCUCAGGAGACGUCGGUGGGUUACUAGACCCAGAGGCCGCCUCAGCCUCCCCUGACCCAAGCGGUAGUGGAGCAGCUGUAAGUGAUGGCCCAGCUGAAGGCAACGAGGUCGUCCCCGCAUCUGGAGCCAGGGCAGGAUCAGGCCCCUGACUCAGCCCAGCUGGUGCUUGUUGCAGGGGAACCUGGGCAGACUGGGGCUCUUCAGAAUCAGGCCCCAGACUUGGUUCAGAUGAUGCCUGAGGCAAAGGAUCCGGUGCAGACUGAGACGCCUCUGGCUCCGCGUCCGAGCCCGAGUCCCAGGCCAUCACACAAGCAGAUCUUUUUAAACCAAGAAAACGCUCAAAGCCUAGUUCAGAAUGUCCACAGCUAAAAAUGAAGUGUGAUUAACUUGUUCAUUCGUUUUCCCCCGUUUUCCCAACCAGGCAAAGGCAUUGGCACGAGUUUAAUGAAUAAAGUGGCAAAGGUGAGGCUGAACGGGUGUGUGUGUUUGCGUGUGUGCUGUUGUUGUUGUGAAGGAGCCUGGCUAGCCACCCCUGACUGAACCAGGCCAGAGUGUGAACGGACUAUUUAUCCGUUUCUUACAUUUAUACCACACCUCCUCGUCCAAGGAGCUCCAGGUGGUGUACAUAGUUCCCCCCCCUCUUCAUCAUAUCCUUGCAACAACCCUGCGAAGUAGGUCAGGCUGAGACCGUCCCAGGACGUUUCCGAGCACAAUUCAAAGUGUUGGUGUUGACCUUUAAAGCCCUCAAAGGCCCAGUAGACCUGAAGGAGCGUCUCCACCCCCAUCUUCAGCCCGGACACUGAGGUCCAGCUCCAAAGGCCUUCUGGCGGUUCCCUCACUAUGAGAAGCCAAGUCACAGGGAACCAGGCAGAGGGCCUUCUCGGUGGUGGCGCCCGCCCUGUGGAGCGCCCUCCCUCCAGAUGUCAAAGAGAAAAAUAACUACCAAAAUUUUAGAAGACAUCUGAAGGCAGCCCUGUUUAGGGAAGCUUUUAAUGUUUAAUAGGUUAUUGUAUUUUAGUGUUUUAUUGGAAGCUGCCCAGAGUGGCUGGGGAAACCCAGCCGGGGUAUAAAUAAAUUAUUAUUAUUAGUAGUAUUAUUAUUAUUAUUAUUAUUCAAAGCCCAUUUCUCUGCGGAAAGAAUUAUUUAGCCGCUGUCGUUUGAUGGCAUUUUACCAUUGUUCUUCCCACCUUGGAUCAAAUCUAUGCUUCCAGGUGCCAUAAGAAAGCUGCAGAAAGCAGGAUAGUGCGCAACCCAGAAAUGAUCUCUUUCAGCUUCUGCCUUCUGGAAGAAGGAACAGGGUUAUAAAGACUAGGACUAGCCGCCUGAGAAAGAGUUUCUAUCCAAAUGCGAUUUUGGUUUUAAACGCAGUGUAAGGUAGUCUCUGUGGGAGUAUACAGUGGUGCCUCGCAAGACGAAAUUAAUCCGUUCCGCGAGUCUCUUCGUCUUGCGGUUUUUUCGUCUUGCGAAGCACGGCUAUUAGCGGCUUAGCGGCUAUUAGCGGUUUAGCGGCUAUUAACGGCUUAACGGCUUAGCGGCUAUUAACGGCUUAGCGGCUUUAAGAAAAAGGAAACAAACUUGCAAGAACUCGCAAGACAUUUCAUCUUGCGAAGCAAGCCCAUAGGGAAAUUCGUCUUGCGGAACGACUCAAAAAACGGAAAACUCUUACGUCUAGCGAGUUUUUCGUCUUGCGAGGCAUUCGUCUUGCGGGGCACCACUGUAUUGUAUUUAAUUAUGGGCUAUCAGAGUUUUUAGGGGGUUAAACAGGCUGGGAUAGCAGGCUUGUUGGUUUUUGAAUGUCUGGCGUAGAUUUUUUCAAUUUCGUUGUUCUGUAUGGGACAAUGACAAUAAAGAUUAUCUUAUCGUAAAGGUUCCCAGGGAUUGUAAGUACGGUACCCAAAAUUCUUUGAGGCAGAUGUUCUUAAGGUUGUACGUUGCCUAAGAUAUUUUGAUAAAGGGCAGUUUUAUUCCUGUUUAGACCCACCCACCCAGAUGCUUAGAAGGCUGAGAUGAUGCUAAUCUGCUUUUAGGAUUUUAACUGCCGUGUCUUUUAAAGUUGAGUUGCAGAUUUCACUUGAUUUUCUUGCUUUUAUCCUUUUUUUUUGUAAACUGCUUUCAGCCCCCCCCUCCACACACAAUGAAGAGGUAUGGAAAAUUUUUAUGAAAUAAAAUUAAUAAAUAACGGCCUCCAAUUCCGCCUCCACCCCCUCAGAUCGCAUUGGAGAAAGGCUGCUCUGAGUUCCGCUUCAUCUGUGCCCGGUGGAACCAGCCGGCGAUGGAUUUCUACGCCAAGUUGGGAGCCGUGAACGUCACAAUUCAGGACCACUGGCACCUCUGCCACAUCGAAGGAGCGCAUGUCCAGAAGCUAGCGCAGCAAGCGAGGAAAUAG